CUACUUCAACUUCUCAGGGUGUUGCUCCGUAGUUACCUUCUGCAGUAGACUGGAGGACUAUUUAGGCUACUAACAACAGCUGAUAAACGGUAGAGAUUCUGGCGCUGCUGUAUUGAACUUCGCCACGGCAAUAAAAGGUGAUCGUUUCGGAACAUCUGAAGCAUCAAUACAGAUGGACCAGCAGCAGCAGGGUCAGUCCUACAUGCUUGCCAGUCUGACACGACCCCACUCUGAGCAGCUGUUGCAGGGCCUCCAGCUGCUCCGCCAGGACCAUGAGUUGUGCGACAUCGUGCUGCGGGUGGGCGAUGCUAAAAUCCACGCCCACAAAGUGGUGCUGGCCAGCAUCAGCCCUUACUUCAAGGCCAUGUUCACGGGCAACCUGUCGGAGAAGGAGACCUCCGAGGUGGAGUUCCAGUGCAUCGACGAGACUGCGCUACAGGCUAUUGUAGAGUAUGCCUACACCGGAACAGUCUUCAUCUCCCAGGACACGGUGGAAUCACUCCUGCCGGCUGCCAACCUCCUCCAAGUCAAGCUGGUGCUGAAGGAGUGCUGCAGCUUCCUGGAGAGCCAGCUGGACGCCGGCAACUGCAUUGGCAUCUCCCGCUUCGCCGAGACCUACGGCUGCCACGACCUGUGCCUGGCCGCCACCAAGUUCAUCUGCGAGAAUUUCGAGGAGGUGUGUCAGACGGAGGAGUUCUUUGAGCUGACUCGCACCGAGCUGGACGAGAUCGUUUCCAACGACUGCCUAAAGGUGGUCACCGAGGAGACGGUGUUCUUCGCUCUGGAGUCGUGGAUCAAGUACGACCUGUCAGAGCGGCAGCAGCAUCUGGCCCAGCUGCUGCACUGUGUGCGUCUGCCACUGCUCAGCGUCAAGUUCCUCACGCGCCUCUACGAGGCCAACCACCUGAUCCGCGAUGACCAUGCCUGCAAACACCUGCUCAAUGAGGCACUCAAGUACCACUUCAUGCCAGAGCACCGGCUCUCCUACCAGACGGUGUUGUCCACACGGCCACGCUGCGCCCCCAAAGUCCUGCUAGCUGUCGGGGGCAAAACUGGACUCUUUGCCACACUUGAGAGCAUGGAGAUGUACUUCCCUCAGACGGACUCGUGGAUCGGCCUGGCACCACUAAGCGUGCCACGCUACGAGUUUGGUGUGGCGGUCCUGGACCAGAAGGUCUACGUGGUGGGCGGCAUCGCCACGCACAUGCGCCAGGGCAUCAGCUACCGGCGGCACGAAAGCUCUGUGGAGCGCUGGGACCCUGACAGCAACACGUGGUCGUCGGUGGAGCGCAUGGCAGAGUGCCGCAGCACGCUGGGUGUGGUAGUGCUGGCGGGGGAGCUGUAUGCGCUAGGCGGCUACGACGGACAGUACUACCUGCAGUCGGUGGAGCGCUACGCACCCAAGGUGAAGGAGUGGCAGCCUAUUGCACCCAUGACUGAGUCACGCAGCUGCUUCGCCACCGCCGUGCUGGACGGCAUGAUCUACGCCAUCGGGGGCUAUGGCCCCGCACACAUGAACAGUGUUGAGCGCUACGACCCGAGUAAAGAUGCCUGGGAAAUGGUAGCCCCCAUGGCAGACAAGCGCAUCAACUUUGGGGUGGGGGUCAUGCUUGGCUUCAUCUUCGUGGUGGGUGGGCAUAACGGUGUGUCCCACCUGUCCAGCAUCGAGAGGUAUGACCCUUACCAGAACCAGUGGACCGCCUGUCGUCCCAUGAAUGAGCCUCGCACAGGGGUUGGGGCUGCCGUAGUAGACAACUACCUCUACGUGGUUGGGGGUCACUCUGGGUCAUCGUAUCUAAACACCGUGCAGCGCUAUGACCCCAUCACGGACAGCUGGCUGGAUUCCAGCGGCAUGAUGUGCUGCCGCUGUAACUUUGGCCUCACUGCCCUUUGACCCUAGGAGUGCCAGGGAAGGACUCUCUCCAGAGAGGGGCGUGAAGGAUGAAGAAGGGGAAAAAAUCGAAUGGUUUUCUUUUGGGGUUUGUUUCUGUUCUAUGUCCUCUACGCCGUCCGGAUGAUCCUCAUUUCGCUCUGUGGUGGCGGAGGGGAGGCAGGGGCCUAGGGAGCAGUCUGAAACGCUCCCCCCCCUGUUGGACGGGAGGAGUAAGUGCAUGCAGGAUGAAGCAGCCAAAAACUGGCAUCAGAGACCACAAAGAUGACCAGAGACCGAGAGCAGCUGAGGAACAGGAGGAUGAGGACGAGGAGGUACGCACAAAUGACAGGAGACGUUCUGGGACCUUCGAGGAGGAUGAAAUGUGUGUUGUCUUUCUCUUUACCACCUGUGUUUGGGCUCCAGUAAAAGACUCUCUGAGCCAUUUGACAGUAGAGGAGAAUUCAGUCACUUUGCUUUCUCCUUCAGCAUUUUCUUUUCUCCUGAGUUGAUUUAGUUUUGUGUUCAUUUUUCUGAUGUGGUAACACCAAACCUGUGUCUCAGCCUCUCACUCCCGACGCACCUGUGUGUGUUCUAUCGUUGCUCACUGAGCUCUACGAAGAGCCUUAGCUCCGAGGUCUGUUUUAGUUCUUUAAAAUAUGUUGGGUCAGCGUGUGUGUGCGCGUGUGUGUGCGCGAGUGGUGAUGCUUCUGGCUGAGCCUGAAAUGUCUGCAUUGAAGGUCUGUGCUUCACAAAAGAAGAUGGAAAAAAAAUAACUUCACGUUAAUUUUUUUUCUUUACACUCACUUAAAAAGGGCUGCCUUUAUCUCUCUAUAUCUCUCUCUUGUAAAUAAUGUAAGUGAAGAAAAGAAUAUAUAGAUAUACAGCUCUUGAAAAAAUUAAGAGACCACUGCAUAUUUUUCUGAGGUCAUCCUAUGUUUGCUGAGUGACAUUCGAAUGAGUUAAGAGAUCACUGCAAAUUUGAAUAUGACCGUCAACUCAUUCAAAUGUCACUCAGCAACCGUAGAAUGACAUCAAAAAAAUGUGCAGUGGUCUCUUAUUUUUUUUCCCAAAGCUGUAUAUUCAUUAUAGGUUAAUUAAUUAAUAUAUCCUCUAGUGCAUUGCCUGUAAAUGUUUCCUGCACUGUGUGUGUGCGUGCGUGUGCGUGUUUGUGUGUCGCUCAUGGAGUUGUGGUGAUUUGCGAGUUCAUGAAUCCCACUAUGUUUUCUUGAGAAUUCUUCCAGCAUACCACUUCUACACCUGUAGCACUUCAGCGCCCAUCACUCCCUGCCUUCUUGUUUUGCUUGUCAGCUGUGUGUGUGUGUGUGUGUGUGUGUGUGCAUGCGAAAGUGGAUCUCACUCCAUAAUUGCUGAAAAGCAUUGAAAAGUGAUCAUCCAACACUUGCAACCUCUGUACACGUGACUGCUCCUACUAAAUACUUUAAUGGUGCUAUUUUUAGGAUUCAGGAUUUGUUUGUGUUCAUGGUCUCACACUGUGGGACUGACUCCAUGACCUUGUGUUUCAUUAUGGUAAAUAGGUCACUUGCUUACCUGUUGGAGAGGGGCAGGGGAAGCUCACUUAACAAGUCCAUGCAAUAAGAGAGAGAGUGUGUCUGUGUGUCAUAAAGGAAAGGUCACAAAGAGACUUUGAUGUCAAAGAGGUCCAGACCAUACUUGGCAGGGGGACUCCAAAUGCAGUCUUUGCCCCAUUCCUGCCACCAUCCUAGGCCAUUAAUAGGGCUAUAUUCUUUUAUUAAAUGCUUGUUUGAAUUUGGAUUGCUGUGUUGGCAUGUCCCAUGCACACAGGUAUUAACAUGAUUUUGUCCAUGAGUUGUCCACUCUCUCAUAAAGGGGUCCAUGCUUGGGACCCAGCCCAGCCCUCCCCAGUCUUCAUCUUAGAUUAGGUGUGUUUGUUCAGGAUAUCAACCUGCUUUUCUUUGCUCUUAAUGUUUCUUUUACCCCUGGUAUCUACCCCCCCACCAGUAUCUAAGCCCAGGGUGUGGCAUCUUCCUGGAUCUUUUUAUUUUUUUAUUACUCAAACAGGAUAUUUAGCUUCCUAUUUCAUUGAACAUGCACAGGCCUUCUGAUGACAAAGUGCCAAAACACACAGAUUCACGCUCAUUAAAAAAGUCUCACCUUUUUGUUCCAAAUUUAGACUGUGUCACACACUAGCAACUGUGUUAAAGCCAGGGCUCUGCAAAGCAGCACCUGUCCUGUGUAAUAUUCUUCGUUGUGUGCUCUCUCAUAUGGAAAGCCCUGGGCAUGGGAAGGGCUCCUGGCAUCUCAUUUGCUCUGCCUUUAGCAAGGGAGUGGUCUUUGUGUGAUCUGGUCAGGGAACUAAUCUCAAAAAGAGAUCUCUCUUCAAAACAUGCCCACCCCCUCUCCAAAAAAAAAUGCCAGUGGUCUUGCGCCUCUGUUUACCUGUUUUUUUAAAUUCAGGGUAAAGGGAGUGUGUGUGUGUGUGUGUGUGUGUGUGUGUGUGUGUUUACAUUUACAUUGUAAAUUAAAGAUAUUAGUGGGAGGAAUGGGGGGUUGUCUUGUCUUUACUAUAGGAUGCUGUGUUGCACUUACCAAACCAUUUGAUACUUUGUAAGUUGUACAUAGUGAAAUCAGUUGGGGAUGUAUGGCAUUUAGAUGAUGCAAUAAGACUUUCUUGGAUGACCUAUUGAUCUAUUCUUUGUGUCCACUAAAAGCCAAGGUGUUUCUGAUAUAGCUGUGACCUAAUGUGUGGCAUGUCAAUGUGUGUGUUUGUGUCGGCAACUGUUGUGAAUUGUCAGGUGAAGGCAGGAGUCUUACAAGAGUUUGUGGUGUAAUCUGUGUGUUUUUUUUGUUUUUUUUGUUUGUUUGUUUUUGGUUCAUUUCUUGUUUCUUGUUUACUUUUUUAUUGUCCAUUUCAUUUCUCACAGCAAUUCUUAACUUAUUUGACCAGUUGAAAUCUCUUUGAGCUGCUGUUUGACUGACGCAGAUAUUCAUAUGUGAGACACUGUUAUAAUCACUUUUUUUUUUUCAUCCAAAUAUUUAAUUGAAUUGGCCUCAGAUUCAUGAUCCAUCACGCUGCGUUAGAUCCCUUUCAGAUAUUUCCCCCUGAUCAGAAGAGGCCUACGGUCAUCGUAACUUGAGAUUUUUUGCGCUGUAUCUGUCUAUUAGUUUAGGGACAGUGCCCUAGGCCUAUACUGUUGAGAGGCAUAAGGUGCUAGUCUUUUGAGGCUUUGGGACUUCUACUUUAUUUUAUAUUGAUCAGUUGCUAUGGAACAUUUCCCCUGCCAUCUUGAUGGAGGCACUCUAAAGCUAGAGCAGACACCAGAGAGAGUGUGAUGAAUGACUUGACUAUUAUGAUACAGGGAAUGUUUCGUCAAUGGCAGGCCCUUCAUUUAUUACUCUAAUGUAAUUGUCAUUCUAGCAGCCAGUGUCGCUGAUGACUUUAAUAUUAUUUUAAGCUCUGUUCGUGGAUACAUUACUUUGACAUUAAGCUACUUUAGGUGGUUUUCCUAGUAGCCUUGUUUCGGUUCAGCUCCGUUUGAUCAUUUGCUGCCUCUUAAUGUAUUUUGGAUGCUUUGAACAUGGUAUUCAUUGUCUUCUAAAAUGUCAUUUUAAUAUCCCACAUGUGGAUUUCAACUGAUUUUUUUUUUUUUUUUUUUUUUUUUUAUUGGCAGGUUAGCAGUUCAGUUAGCUUGUCAUCAUCUUAAGUCUCUUUUAAAAACAAGUGUCUUUCAGCUCUAGAUGGCUUAAAGCACAAAUAAGAAUGCACAUGCCUUCUUAUUAUGUAUCGUAAAAGUGCAUUUUAUUAUGCCCACCCACUCCAAAAGUUUGUGUUGUACAUGCAAGCAAUUCAAAUGGCAUCUGUCGUAGAUGACUCCAUGUCAAAUGUGUGUGUAACUCUCGCACUGAGAUUUCAGUCUGUGGCCCACUUGCUUCUGUGACAUCGACUUUAAGCAUAAGCAAUCAAAACCAGUCAUGACGAGAUGUCACCCUUAAAUAUGAACACAUGAAUAAGACUGUUUAGUCUUUUACUAGCAAUAAAAGAUGCUUCCUAUCAGACAGUAGGUGUAGUUGGCUUGUUUAAUAUGAAGUUGUGCUGCUACCAUUUCCGCUGUUAUGUGAUUAAUGGGAAAUGUCAUGACAGAUGUCAUCCUUAAGGAAGGGUCAAAGAUCUCCUUUUCAAAGUGACCUAUUGGUUUCUCCUGCUUUGGUAUUGUCGAGCUGCUCUGCUUUGUGUCAUUUUCCCAAAUGUUCUAAGUGAAAAAUGUUAUGUGAAGCAAUAGAUACUUCAACUCUAUUGUUCAGUUGUGGUGUUUGAAAGGAGCUUUAGGCCGACUACUUAUUGCAGUGUCAUGGGAGGCACCCAUUUUUAUUGUCAUAAAAAAAAAUCUAAUUUCAAAGCAAGAUUCUGUCAUUGGCUUUGAGGUCAAAUGUGUAGACUUUUGUGUCUCUUGCGCCUCCAUGAGUCCAAAACAAAAAACAAAUCCUGUUCCCCUUCUCUGCUUCUGUUCUGCUUUCCAGAACAAUAUCCUUUUUUUUUUUUUUCAAAACUUGCAUGUACAUAAAUAGCAGAUACUAACCUUUAGUUGAAAGGACUUGUAUCCAUGGAGGUCAACCUUUGAAAACUCUACAACUACUGUAUGUUGUGAUAAACAGAAUGUGGUCAUACUCUGUCAAAAGUCUCUCACAUACACGCACACACUCAUUGAAAGAAGAACCCAUUUGUGAUUAAGGUUUCUGUUUACCACACAGGCAUCAUCAAGGUUCCAUCCCUGUACAAAAUAAAUGUUGUGAUGGGAGAUGUCCACACACUUGACCUGCCUCUUCAGUGUUGGCUUCUUUGGCCAUUUCCACCACUACAAGAAGGUGAACUCAUGGCCAUAUAUGUAAUCUGAAAACGUGAAACUGCAAAAUGAAGGGAUAUGUAUGUAUGAUUGUAUGUGUGUAUGUAUAUAUGUGUAUUUUAUAUAUUUUUUUUGUUUGUGUUUUCUUAUUUAUCAUGGCCUAACCAUGUCCUGCUUUGCCACCACUCACCAAAGUGCUUGUUUUUUUUACAACAGAAUGAGGACUGAUAUCAAGUAUGGAGGUGAACAAAAAGGACUGUGUAGGUGUGUGAGGUCGUUAUUUGAAAAACUGAUGUCAAUGUUAGCCAAAUGUCAAUGUAACAACCUUGCUUCUUUUUACAUUUCACAUGGGCGUGUCUGAACGUUGUCUGAAUUCAGCUGAUGUUGAAUUUGACGGACCUGUGGAUUAUUACUGGAAUUAAGAUAGGUGAUACCCAGGUAGAGUCGGACUCCGGUCCUGGCCAAACAGAUCCACAGCAGAUUGGUGCCGGAUCAGCUUAGAGGUCCAGUACUGCUUGAGUAGAAGCAGAAUUUUCCAACACUUAACAAGCAGAGUGAAUUUGAGUUCUGCCAGUUUAUUUAUCUGUGUGGUGCAAUUGUACCGAGUUAAGACAAAAUAAAAUGCCUGCCUUACAA